AUGGAAGAUUCUAGUAAAAUGUUAGAAGCAACGAAACUUGCUAAUAAGACUGAAACAGUAUUCAUUGAUGAUGCUAAUGCAGCUCAUUAUUUUAUGUACAGUAAUAUUAUUGGCUAUGGACGAAGUGUUACUGAAACAGCCAAUUUGAUCAAUGAUAGAUUGAGUUAG